CUGCUUUCAGUUCCUUCUCGCUCUCCUCUCAGCAGCCAUAAAGGUAAAAGUCCUUAAACUGCCACUGAUAUUUGUGAAACGGCAUUUAACCUGACCUGAAAGAAGGAAUUACUUUUGUCUGUUUGUGUGAAGAUGUCAGACCCCGAGACCUCAUACCAGCCCCUCAUCGGAGCUCCCAGCCAGCAGACAGGCAUCAAUGUAGGAGCACCACCACAGGGUGGCCGCAACACCCGGGCCUAUAAGGUGGCAGGUUUAACCCUGCUCGCCUGCGUCCUGAUUGUGGGUCAGGCAAUGGUCGCCUACUUCCUCCUUAGCCAGAAGAACGACCUCAAAUCUCUGCAAGAGCAGAAUGACAACAUGAGGGCAGAGAUGACAAGGGGAAGAUCUGUUUCUGUGCCGGUGCGGAUGCACCUUCCCAUGAACGCCUUGCCUGAGUUGACGGUUGACCCUAUGGAUGAGGAGGCGUCCGCCGGAACCCCAGAGAAAGCUGUCCCUAUGCAGGGCACCAAAUGCCAGAUGGAGGCCGCUGGUGUGAAGCCUGUGCAGGUGCCAGGUUUCCUCCCUAAGUGUGACGAGCGCGGCCUCUAUCGGGCCCAGCAGUGUUACAUGGGACAGUGCUGGUGUGCGGACCCAGUCAAUGGGAAUCAGAUCCCUGGAUCCCUGGGCAAUGGACCAGGCAGAUGCAGAGCAGCUGUCCCUGCUGGCGUCAUGAGCAAUACGCUGGCUCUGUCUGAAGAUGAUGCCUGAUACUCUGGUGAGCUGAUGAAAUCUCCUUCGGAGUCCAGCAGCAGCUCAACUUCAAAUCAUGACAUCUUGCAACUUCGUCAACUUAUAAUAAUCUUAUUCGUAACACUGGGGUUUUAUAUACUGCUCAUAAAUGAAUUAAUUAUAACCACCUGUAUGCUUGCUUUCAUUAUUACUAUGUGGACAGAGGUAACCUUUCCUAUUGAUUACAUACCAUCUGUCAGUUUUUUAAUGGCUAGUGAAAGUUAAGGAAUUUAAGGGUCCUGUGUUACUGCUUAUGGCUGUUUUACUCAAAUUUUGUCUCAUGUUACUUUGGUAAGAAGUUAUGGGAUGCCUGUAGAGAUUCUCAGUCCUCCAGGUCAUGGUACAUCCAGAGUCCUAAAGUUGGCACCUGGACUCGGUUGAGGUUCUUGAAGACGUCUCCACAGAUGUUAAAUACCCAUAACUCCUCACUGGUCAGUCAUAACUGAAGAUGCUUCUCACUUGAGAAGCGAAAUGUCUUCAAGAACCUCAAGCAAGUCCAGUCUCCAACCUUAGCGCUUUGGAUAAGUUAUGGGUUGUUUGAGGACCACAGUGGCUCAAAGGUAACAUAAUGAAGCAACAGUGCAAUAUAACAGGAUGUUGUGCAGAAGGCAAUUAUUAAUAUAAUAUACUACUAUAGUCAGUUUUUUUCUGUUCACUGCAAUUUACAUUAUGUUUCUCAUUGCUUUGGAUAAAUAGCAUGGAUCUGUGAACAUUUGGCCAAAAAUAAAAGGAUAAAACUGUGAUUAAAAGUACCAUCACACAUUUGGGCACAUUCAGGAACUGAAACAAUUGUGAACUGUAUUUUGCUCAUUUAUUGGAACAACCCAAAUAAACCUACUAAACUCAA